CAACAGUUGCGCUCGAUGUGUGUGUCGUUUUAAAGCGGUAAACUGCUGAAUGAGAGGACGUUUUAUUUCUAACGGCUCUUAUUCAACUGCUGUUUUCAGUAUGAAAACCAUAUUUGAAUUUCAUUGGAUUUAAAACGAAUAACGCGCUGAGGGAACUACCGACCAUCAGUUGUUGCUGACAGAAAAUAAUGUCCCUGGUCUGUGGCGUAUUGAACAUUGAGUCAUCUCGCGUGGACGUCCACAAAGCAGCGCGUCAUUUCAACGCUGUUUUGAGGUGUUUCCUUCGCAACGGCCAAGCGGCGUUUGUGCGACGGUCAUACCGUCACAUAUAAUGACUAUGUCAGUCCCGGAGAGAAACUCUGGAUCCGAGGAGAAGGAAGAGGAGAGCGAGGAUGAGAGUGAGAUCGUGGAGGAGAGUCCGUGCGGCCGCUGGCAGAAGCGAAAAGAGCAGGUGAGUCAGGGCAAUGUUCCUGGAGUGGAGAGCGCCUCUCUGGCCAUGGACACUGAAGAGGGUGUCGAGGUGGUCUGGAACGAAGUUCUCUUCCAAGACAAGAAGGUCUUCAAGACAGUAGAGGACAAAAUGAAGGAGAUGUUUGAGAACCUGAUGCAGGUGGAUCAUCCAAACAUCGUCAAAUUUCACAAAUAUUGGCUGGAUAUCGGAGACAAUCAUGCUCGGGUUGUAUUCAUCACAGAGUACAUGUCGUCUGGCAGCUUGAAACAGUUCCUUAAAAAGACCAAGAAAAACCACAAGACCAUGAAUGUCAAGGCCUGGAAACGCUGGUGUACGCAGAUCCUCUCUGCCCUCAGUUACCUGCACUCCUGUGACCCUCCCAUAAUUCACGGCAACCUCACAUGCGACACCAUCUUUAUUCAACACAACGGCCUCAUUAAAAUCGGAUCAGUUUGGCAUCGACUCUUUGUGAAUGUGUUUCCAGAAGGGGGCGUCCAUGGUAAACUACACCAACACCGAGAUGAUAAGAGGAACCUGCACUUCUUCAGUCCGGAGUAUGGCUCAUGUGAAGAUGACUAUGCCAUUGACAUCUUUUCCUUUGGGAUUUGUGCUUUGGAGAUGGCUGUGUUGGAGAUCCAGGCAAAUGGGGAUUCAGUUGUGUCCAAAGAGGCUAUAAGCAAUGCGGGCCAAUCAUUAGAAGACCCACUUAUGAGGGAGUUCACCCAGAUGUGUGUGCGUCACAAUCCCAGACUCCGGCCGACGGCGCAUGACCUGCUGUUUCACCGCGUGCUGUUUGAAGUGCACUCGCUGAAGCUGCUCGCAGCACACUGCCUCAUCAACAACCAGUACAUGCUUCCAGAGAACUGUGUGGAGGAGAAGACCAAAUCAUUCGACCCAAAUGGAGUUAUGGCAGAGAUUAUUCACAACGAUCGCCCUCGCGUUCAGCUCAAGUAUUCUCAUGUUUCUCCUCUAGAGCUGGACAAGUUUCUGGAAGAUGUGAAGAAUGGCAUUUACCCUCUGAUGAAUUUUGCGUCCACUCGUCCACAUCCCGUACCUCGCGCCCUCUCCAUGUCCCAAGAACAGGUGGAGACAGUGAAGACCCCCACACCCGAGCCACAAGAGGCUGAAACCAGGAAGGUGGUACAGAUGCACUGCAACCUGGAGUCUAAUGAAGAAACUACUAAAACCCAUCUCACUCUUUUCUUGAAACUGGAUGAUAAACUCCAUCGGCAGCUCAGCUGUGAUAUUUUGCCAAAUGACAGUUCCAGAGAUUUGGUCAAUGAGCUUAUCCAUCAUUCCUUCAUCAGUGAGGAGGAUGGCGACAAGAUAGUGGCGUUUCUGGAGGAUGCUUUGAACCGACACCGUGGGUCCGCUAGUGCCAUAACAACCAUAUGAAUGACAAUGGUCUGUUGCCAUGGCGAUGGACAUUUACAUGCCAGUGGAACCUGAGAGGGAGGCCCGCCAGCAGAAGGACAAGGACAAUGGAAACGAACGAUCCAGUUUGUCAGUUAGUACGAAUAGCUGAAAUCGAAAUUGUGGUCUAAAAAGAUGACAGAACAUGACAUACUGGUUUUUAUGACAACACGUGAUUGACCAGGUUAGGGGCCGCCAGAAAUGCCCAUCUAUGAUGACUGUGCUAACCUCCCCGAGUCUCCGUCCAGCACUUCCAGGUGUCACUAUAGGAACCGUCCUUCCCACAAACCCGUGGGAUCCUUAAGGGCAAUUCGGCUGUUGGAGGUGUCUGCUUUGGAGAGCUCAGUAGAUGAAAAAACAACCUGUUUAGGAAAACUAAUUUGCUAAAGUUCAAUAUUGCCAAUCGUUUUGUGGUUUAAACAGUUCUUGUUAGGCCAGAAACAUACUCUACGCAAGUAUGCAAAUGCACGUGUGUUUUUGCAUAACUGUGACAUUAACAGACAAUAUGCCAUUAAAGCAGAUUUGUUGAUAAAGUUAACUAUAAACAGAAGUUAAGCUUAACAAGUUUCAAACUGUUGCUUUGCCAUGAAAACAGUUUACACUACACUAAGAAUGCAAUGUCUGUUUGUGUUAUGAAUUGCAUUUGGACACAUUUUUAGCAGCAUUUUUGCGUAGAUAAUGUUACUGUCCUGAGGAAAUAAUAAACUUAGCAUUAUUAUGGCAUGAUUGGAUUGAAGGGUCAGUUAGGAUGUACAUUUUUUGAAGAGUUACCUGUCUUUUAGCUUAUCAAAUGCUAUCUACAAAUGUAUCUUAUGAUGUGGUAAGGCCAAUCAAAUAAAUGUGAUUGUAAUUCUCUCUGCAGUCCACGCAUUGCCCUGUCAGCUAUCACGAGAAUGUCUUAAUAUGCAGCUGGAGUGUUUUGCAUAUACAGGAAUGUAUUGCCUUAUAUAAACAUUGCUGUUUGCUGGUGUGUAAUAACACUAAUUGAAAAGAACACAGUAACAAACCACAUAUUUUAUACAGAUCGCACAUGUGAGAAAUAAGAUGGAUCCUGGUUAGUCAACCAGCUAACCAACUGACUACAUGGUUUUGGUGAUGUCUUUGGUGGAAUGCAUUAAGAUGUACAUUUCUGUGGGAUACACUAAGAAGUUCUUUGUCAUGAGCAUUUACUUACCUGAAUAAAGUUGAACUCUGAUCUCUAUUAAAA